AUGGCUGCCACUUCUUCCUUUGGCGAUGACGCUGACCUCAUGGUUGCCGACGACCUGUACUUGAUUGCAGUUUGCCAAGGAAUAAACCAAGCAGACGCCACCGGGCUCAUAGCGAUAUCCGACGAGGAGUACGCCGCGGAACUCCAGCUCCAAGAGGUGAUUGUUUCCUCCGCCAUGGCGGUGAUUGUUAAUUCUGGCAUGGCAGCGACUGCAGCACAAUCAUCGCUCAUGCCGCAGCUUGAUAGCGCCGUUGUCGUGCACACUGCCAACAAUGACACAGCAGCUGCUGAGACACCCGUGCUUGCCGUAGCAGAGUAUAGCUGCUCCUCCUCCUCCUCCUCGCCUCCGCCACCUCUUGCAGUUGCAGCCCCUGCCACCGGGGAAGACGACGCAACUGCGGUGGCAACUUGCAAGAUAUGCCUGGACUACGUGCCACCGUCGCACGUGCACCACGCAAGUCGCUGCUGCGCACACGCCUUCUGCACAGCCUGCCUCUCCGGCUACAUCAGCGCAAAGACCCAAGGCGGCCGCAUCUCCGACGUCAAGUGUCCGGGGGACGGGGAGGACAGCUGCAACGUCCUUACCCCGAACUCUUGCAAGGCAUCAUAUCCGGCGAGGCUUUCGAGGCCCUGUGCGCCGCACUGUGCAGGUACAGCGCCAACAUCAUCUCCUCCCGGCUGCCGUGCAGCGACCUCAUGCCGAACGUGUUCUGUCGAUCGGCCGGAGCAAUGCAAACAAAGGUAG